GCAUCAUAUCGCCGGUGCAGCAUCUCAUGAGAUAGACAGAACUAUACGAUAGACAAAUCAUCCGAGAGCGCCACCCACCAUGUCCAACGAUCCCUUUGAAGAAGCUCAGGCGGACAUCCUGUCUCUGCUACAACAGACUCGACCUCUGCACCAAUCCUACUUGCGCAUACGAUCCACGGCUUCCUCACCAUCCGCACCCGAACUGGUUGAAGCACGCGAUGAGCUCGAAGGGACUCUCAUGGAUCUCUCCACAGACCUGCAAGAUCUGGUAGACUCCGUCCGAGCAGUGGAAGGUGAUCCAUACAAAUAUGGCCUCGAUGUACCCGAAGUCCAACGACGUCGAAAACUGGUUGAAGAGGUCGGGAAAGAAGUAGAGGAAAUGCAUAAGCAGCUCAACCAGACUGUCCAUGCUGCCGAUCAGCUGGCACAUCCGGACUCCUUUGGCCAAGAUGUCAACGGCGCAGACGAGGACGAUGACUUUGGCGCUUGGGAGGAACAACGACAGAUGGAGAUGCUGCACGAACAAGACGAAGCGCUCGAUGGCGUGUUCCAAACUGUCGGCAAUCUAAGGAUGCAGGCUGAUACGAUGGGAAGAGAGCUGGAGGAGCAAGCCGAGCUGCUCGACGAUACAGAAAACAUCACGGACCGAGUGGCAGGCAAGCUGGGGACGGGCAUGAAGAAGAUCCGUUAUGUGAUUGAGCAGAAUGAGGAUCGAUGGUCUGGCUGCUGCAUAUCGGCGCUCAUUGUUGUCUUGAUUAUUCUUCUUAUUCUGGUUGUAGUGAUUUGAGAGCACUGCUCCAUGCUGUCUGGAACGUCCUAGAUCAACGACCGACGAUUGAUGGAGAACGUCCUCAGGCAGAAGUGUGGCGCAGCUUGUUCUCCACUCCACAUCGACUGCCGAGCCGGGAGCUGACCCCAAGUUAUGGACGUCCAUACUGCGACUGCGACACCACUUCACAGACUGCAGAACCAGCAAGAUGCAGGGCGACAACGCACAUCCGCUCCUCCAACAGACGGCGCUAAGCGUGAACCCAUUCAUCGACCUGCCGAAAGCUCCGACACUCCCACACAACUAUGCUUCGUUACCGAGCACUCUACCACCUUCGGCACUCAGCGCACCCGCAGUCGCAUCUAACCCAGAUCUACCAGCGUAUGUGACAUCGCCUUCUGGCUUUGCGGCGCACCCCAAGACCAUCAUUGCUCAGAACAAGUCACUACUGGAGCAGAUUGAGAAGCAGCGCAAGGAUGCCGAGAAGGAGAUUCGGGAUUGGGAGCAAAAGAUAAGAGACAGAGAGCUGGCCGAGAAGAGAAAGAAGGCACCGGGCUACUUGGACACAGAGCAGUAUAUCUUGCAGCCAGAGAAACCACGGACCGAUUCCACUGCAGCCAGUAAUGUGAACCUGAUGGACGAGCCAUCCCAGGAAGACACGGUGUCUAAAUCGGACAAGCAAGUUGAUGAUUUGGGGGAUGCAAUGGAUCGUGCUUUCGGCAGGAGUGAGCUUGGCUAAACAAUGAUCGUUGUCGCGUGCCGAGCAUCGAGGCGUCGGUUGCGCUUUGGUCUCCUGCUCGAAGGCUCAUCAUACUCGAAACGGUCACGUUCUGUGUAGCAGUGACGAGUCUCGUGCAUAAAAAUCUAUACGUGACACGCCAGUGCGUGAGCUGUUCGCGUGGCCAAAAGGGUCGAGCUGAAAAGGCGACGUCAAGGCCUCGUCUGUGUUUCGGCAAAAAACAUCCAUAACGACGCACAGAAAGGCGAUCAACAUGCGCUUCUUUGCAAGCCGUUCGACUCCAUCCAUGGCGUCCAUCGAUAAGGCAAGCACGCACAGAUCACGAGCAAGAAGCCCACCACGACCACCGGCGGAGAAUGUACUACAGCUACUGGAGCGGCUGCAACAUGUGCAGGGUGACCUCAUUCGGAUCUAUACCUCAGAAGACCUCGUGGAACCAAUCUUCGUGCAAGAAGGGCUUCUUCGGCUUGUAUUCCGUGGUUCGUUCUGGUUUGAGCGAAUCAUGAGGCAGAUGGAGUUCGAGGGAACAGAUCGACUAGUGCUUCACACUCAAGAAGACAUCCUUGCCUUGUUCGUUUUCUGGGCAUUCCACACCCGAGUGCCCGGAUUGCACGAAUUCGGCAAAUACCAUAGCAUUCCCAGCCAAGAUGACGAAGAUGACUAUCAAACACUUCUCGUGCGCACGUGGGUCUUUGCAGACUCCGUCGACUUGCCGGCUUUCCAGAACGCUCUCAUGGUAAAACUUUUUGAUGCUCUCGACAAUCCGGCCAAGGAUCUGACAGCAGAAACGCUGCAGAUCUGUCUUCUAGUGUCCGAGUCAGCAACACGGAUGCGCUGGGCAUUGGUGCAGUAUAUGCUGUGGUGGGAAGAUCAAAGCACACGAGGCAUGAACGACUACGAACCUACGCCGCACCCCAGACUGCAGCCAUACAUCAAUAUAGAAGAGGUCAAAGGGAUCGAGGCCGACUUGCAUGCUGCACGGGAGGUGCGUUCUGGGAUGAACAAUCAGGAGCGCAAGAAGCGUCCCAUUGCGGGUCUGUUUUUUGUAUGCGAUCCCUGUGCGAAAAGUUGCUGGCAGUAGUGAAGCAAGGUGUGCGUGAAAGAAUAUGAUCAGAUCACUCAUUAACCCUUUGCGCGAAACACUAUGCACAAUGACAAUGCGGGCUGGCAAACAACAUAUUCUGUUCUUAUACAUCUUUGUGCGCCUUUUGCUUUGCCACGAAUAUUACCAUCAAAUCCCAAAGUGAUCAGCCAUGGAUAACACAUUUGCAGCGCGUUCAGCGCGCCUCAGUCGUGACUUUCCUGCUCGCUCUCCACCGAUCCAUCCUCGCGUUCCAACCACAAGACCUCAGCAAGCCGAAACCGACUCAUCAGCCACCAUCGAGACCAGCCAGCCGAUUGCGCAGCUUCCAGACCACGAAACUGCAAGCCAACUCGUCCAGCGCCUCCGCAUCGCUCCCGACCUCGUACAAGUCUACUGCUCCACGCACCCCGGCGAGCGACCCUUGUUCAUCUCCCAAGCUCUCCUCAUGCAAAAAUCUCCACUCCUCCUCGCCACCGCCAUUCAACCACCUCAUCAUCAUCAUCAUCAUGAUUAUCAUCAUCGCAGCAUUGGACCAGCCUCCCUUUUCCCCACCUUGGAUUUGAGUGCCCACUCCCCCAACCCCACUGUCCUGUCCAUUUUCAUCUACUGGCUCUUUCACUCACGCGUGCCGGAUGCCGCCGCCGCCGUCGAUGUCAAUGUCGUAUCACCGAAUCAGACUCCCCAUCAUCAUCAACAUCAUCAACAUCAAAUCUCCCUCACCCACGCCUGGAAUUUCGCCAAAGAUUGGAAUCUUCCACUUUUGCAAAAUGAAAUUCUCAAAGCUUUCUUUCGUAUUCUAGAAGAAGAAGAACCUCUCGAUGCGAAAACUUUCGAGACGUGUUUGGAAAUUUCGGGUGCGGGGAGUGCGUUGCGAUUUGCGUUGUUGGCGGUUUUGUUGUGGUGGGAUGAUUUGCAUGAGGAAUUGUUGGGUGGGAGUAGGAGGGGAGGAGGACGAGGACGAGGACGGGAGAUGUUGAGCGAUACGAUCGAUAUCAGGGGUGUGGAGGGGUUUGAGGAGGAUUUUGAGCGGGCUUUGGGGGUGUGGGAGGAGGAGGGGAGGAGGCGGGGAAGAAGGUAUAAUGCUGUGGAUGAUGUUUAUGUUGAGAGUCGACCGUGGGGGAGGGAGAGGCCGAGGGCGGAACUGUUUUUUGUUUGA